GAUCCCAUUGUAACGUUCGGUGCGCGCUCGACUCGACUGGCGGCCAUUGUCACAAAAGCAGCCAAAAUUUAACGGCUUUUCUUCACCAAAUCAACCCGGUCCGCCGCCUUUCUCCGUCAGGAUCUGUUCACAUAAACUACUGACUAGAGAUCAAAGAUGGAGUCUAACGGAGACAUCAGAGACAUGAAGAUGAGGGAGGCCAGCAUCCCCCUGUCGGUCCAGGACACAGAUGGAGAAGAGGAGGAGGAGGAGUUCCGUGAUGAGAUGGCAAAGAACCGCGGGCAGUGGGGGGCCAAGCUGGACUUCAUGCUGUCCAUGCUGGGCUACUGUGUGGGGCUGGGCAACGUGUGGCGAUUCCCGUAUCUCUGCUAUAGAAACGGGGGAGGUGCAUUCCUGAUCCCGUACCUCCUGUUCCUGACGUUUGCCGGCAUCCCCCUGUUCAUGAUGGAGAUGAGCUUCGGGCAGUACGGCAGCCUCGGUCCCCUCACCAUCUGGAGGGCCUGCCCCAUCUUCAAGGGGAUCGGCUAUGGCAUGGUGGUCGUGUCAGGGCUGGUCUGUAUUUACUACAACGUAAUUAUCGCCUGGACUCUGCACUUCCUAUUCUCAUCGUUCACCUCGGCUCUGCCCUGGGCCUCCUGCGACAACGCCUGGAACACCGAGAACUGCACCCUGGCCGCCAACCAUUCCGCGCUCGACGAGAACGUCACUCGCAUCUCACCCACACAGGAGUACUGGAAUAACCGUGUGCUGGGCAUUUCGGCCGGUAUCGAGGAGACCGGAACCAUCCAGUGGGAGCUGGCGCUGUGUCUGCUGGGAGCCUGGGUCGUCGUCUUCUUCUGCCUCUUCAAGGGGAUCAAGUCAUCUGGAAAGGUUGUGUACUUCACAGCCACCUUCCCCUACAUGAUGCUGAUUGUGCUGUUUCUGCGUGGGGUUACCCUGGAGGGUGCUGGGAAGGGUCUGGUCUACUACCUGACCCCGGACUUCAGCCGACUGGCCGACUCACAGGUGUGGUACGACGCUGCCUCCCAGAUCUUCUACUCCCUGGGGAUCGCUUUUGGUGGGACCCAAGUCAUGGCCAGCUACAACAAGUUCAACAACAACACCCACAGGGACUCUGUGUUCAUCGCCCUGAGUAACUGCUGCACCAGUGUGUUUGCCGGCGUGGUGGUGUUCUCGAUCCUGGGCCACAUGGCUCACAAGCUGGACAUGGACGUCAAGGAUGUGGUUGCAAACGGCCCCGGCCUGGUGUUUGUUGCGUACCCGGAGGCCCUGACCCUGCUGCCCGUCGCACCCCUGUGGUCCGUGCUGUUCUUCUUCAUGAUCUUCACUGUGGGACUUGACACACAGUUUGUGAUGCUGGAGACCUGUAUUACCGGGAUCUGUGACGAGUUUCCCCACAUCAUGGGGAAGUACAAGACUUUGGGAAGUGUAGACAUGGAUUGUUGUCCAUUAACAAAGCUUAUGUCUGUUUCCCCCUGUAGUGUGAUGCUGGAGACGUGUAUUACCGGGAUCUGUGACGAGUUCCCCCACAUCAUGGGGAAGUACAAGACCUGGGUGCUGCUGGUGGUGUCUGUCGUCAUGUAUUUCCUGGGACUCACCUGCGUCACCAACGCUGGCAUGUACUGGCUGAACCUGAUGGACUGGUACUCUGCUGGGUUCUCUCUGAUGGUGCUGGCUUUCUUCAUGUGUGUGGCCAUCUCCUGGGUGUACGGGUUCCAGCGUUUCUGUAAGAAUGUUCAGGAGAUGAUCGGCUACCAACCCAACUACUACUUCAAGAUCUGCUGGGCUGUCAUCUCCCCCAUGGUUCUGCUGUUUAUCGUGGUGUUCAGCAUGGUUGUGCAUGUGCCUGCGUACUACGGACCCUACCAGUACCCCAACUGGGCCAUCUGUAUCGGCUGGUUCAUGGCCAUGCUGUCCAUCGUCAUGGUGCCCCUGUUUGUGGUGCUGGCCAUCCUCAAAGCCAAGGGCAGCUUCAUGGAACGGCUACGUUACGCCUGUGAGUCGUCUGACGACUGGGGCCCGGCUCUGGUGAACGCCAGCAGUGCCACAUCCUCCCAGUCAGACGAAGCGGAGAAGAAGAUCCCCCUGGAAGACACGGAAGGAAAGGGCAGCUCCACCUACAUAUCCACCAUCUAACCCCUGGCUAACAUGUGUGAAUGGGAAAGAUGUACCUUACUCCUGAUAGCACUAUUUCAGUAUCUUGAGGAUAAUAUAUUGCUUAGUGAUAAGGUUGUUCAGAUUUGCCUACCGUAGAGACUGCUUGAAAGGCUUCGAAAGCAGACAAAUGUACUUCUAGAAUGACCCUUGAAAAGAAAACCAUUUUGGCCCAACUUUGAAAGCUUUUCAGUAGCUACAUUUUCGCCGCAAAAAGUUAUAAAAUGAACCAUAUACAUUAAAAAAAACCUUUGAAAGGAAAACAGGAUAUGUUUAAACCAGUUUGGAUGAUCUAGAAUUAACACAC